GAGAAAUGCGACAAGCUUACAGAUUCAGAAAUUCCCCGUCUUGCGUCACUCCGGUGACACCACUCUUGAGUACACCAUAUAGAAUCUGCAUGAACAGCGACACAUACAGAGAGAAGGAGAGAAUAUAUAAACACCCAAAAGAGUAAAUUGUUGCGGAAAUGGCGAAUCCUCCGAAGCCAUGGAAAGCUGAGUAUGCAAAAUCAUCGCGUUCAUCAUGCAAAACUUGCAAAAGUUCUAUUAGCAAAGAAGUUUUUAGGCUUGGCAAAAUGGUCCAAUCCACUCAAUUUGAUGGCUUCAUGCCUAUGUGGCAUCAUGCUAACUGCAUCUUGAGGAAAGCAAAACAGAUAAAAUCCCUUGAAGAUGUUGAAGGGGUUGACCAGUUGCGGUGGGAGGAUCAGCAGAAGAUAAGGGAAUAUGUAGCGGUUGGUGGAUCCUCAAACAUCCCUACUCCGGCUGCAGUGGAAUGUGGUAUUGAAGUAUCUCCAGCCUCCCGUGCUUCCUGUCGGCACUGCAACCAAAAGAUUGUUAAAGGGGAGGUCCGCAUAUCAUCAAAACCUGAAGGUCAACGUGCUAAGUCGCUGGCAUGGCAUCAUGCAAAGUGUUUCUCUGAAAUAUCUUCGACUACCCAGGUUGAAAAGCUAUCUAAUUGGGAUAGCCUCUCGGCUGCUGAUCAGGCAGCUGUUCUAUCCCUGUUUAAGAGUUCUACAUUGAUGGGUAAUAAAACUGAUCCCAAGGAGGAACUAGCACAGGAAUCAACAUCUAAGGCUGGUGCUAAAAGGAAAAAAAUCAGUAACAACAGUGAGAAAUCAAAGCUUGCUAAAGCCGAAGCCGAUGUUUCUACCAGCAAAAAAGUGGCUGACAGAAACAUUGACAAUGUGAAGGAUGAACUCUCCAAAGCGUCUGAGCUGGAGAGCCAACUGGAGGCACAGACUAAAGCCCUAUGGGCACUCAAGGAUGAUCUCAAAAAGUAUGUCAGUACGGGAGAGUUGCGAGAGAUGCUUGAAGCUAAUGAUCAGGAAUCUUCAGGAUCAGAGCUUGAUCUUCGAGAUCGCUGUGCCGAUGCGAUGCUUUUUGGAGCGCUCCCCAGAUGUCCCCUUUGUUCAGGACACCUUCGAUAUUCUGGAGGCAUGUAUAGAUGCCAUGGCUAUUUGUCAGAAUGGAGCAAGUGUUCAUACUCUGUCACUGACAUAAAACGUGAUAAAGGAAAAUGGAAAAUUCCUGAAAAUACCAGCAAUGAGUUUCUUCUCAAGUGGUAUAAGGGACAAAAGUCAAAAAAAACAGAAAGGAUACUGCUUCCGGCUACACCCAGCAAGGCAACUGUGAGCCAGGCUGCUAAUGGGCUGUCUCAGUCUUCCAAGGGUGAAAACCUAGGGGAUCUAAAAGUUGCUUUGACAGGAUUGUCCAGAGAUUCCAGGGAGAACUGGAAAAGCAAAAUUGAGGAAGCUGGUGGACGGGUGCAUGCCAAGUUGAAGAAAGACACAGAUUGCUUAGUUGUGAUAGGGACGUUGGAUGAUCAAGAUUCCGAGAUAAAGAAGGCCAGGAGAACGAAAGUGCCAGUAGUCAGGGAGGAUUAUUUGGUGGAUAGUAUCAACAGAAAGAAAAAACUUCCUUUUGACUUGUAUAAAUUAGAAGCUAAUGGUGAGACUCAAAGCAUGGUAACUGUCAAAGUAAAAGGGAGGAGUGCGGUUCAUGAGGCAUCUAGCUUGCAAGAUACAGGACACGUUCUUGAGGACAAGACCAGCAUUUAUAAUACGACUUUAAACAUGUCAGAUCUCUCAAGUGGUAUUAAUAGUUACUACAUCCUUCAAAUUAUUGAAGAGGACAAAGGGUCCGACUGUUAUGUUUUUCGCAAAUGGGGUCGCGUUGGAAAUGAGAAAAUUGGAGGAAACAAGUUAGAGGAGAUGUCUAAAUCAGAUGCAAUACAACAUUUUAAGCGUUUGUUUCUUGAGAAGACUGGGAACUCGUGGGAAGCAUGGGAACAAAAGAAAAAUUUUCAGAAGCAACCUGGCAGAUUUUAUCCUCUGGAUAUUGAUUAUGGAGUUGACAAAAAACCCACUUCUAAGAGAAAUCUCAAUGACACGAACAGCAAACUUGCCCCUCCAUUGAUGGAGCUGAUGAAGAUUCUCUUUAAUGUUGAGACAUACAGGGCUGCUAUGAUGGAAUUUGAGAUAAAUAUGUCCGAGAUGCCACUAGGAAAGCUGAGUAAAAGGAAUAUCCAAAAAGGUUUUGAGGCAUUAACGGAGAUACAAAAUUUGUUAAGCGGCACUAAUCAUGAUCCAACUGCCAAGGAGACCCUUCUUGUUGAUGCAAGCAACCGCUUUUUCACAGUCAUACCAUCUAUUCAUCCUCAUGUUAUUAAAGAUGAGGAUGAUUUUAAGUUGAAGAUAAAAAUGCUGGAAGCUCUUCAGGACAUUGAAAUAGCUUCAAGACUUGUUGGCUUUGACAUUGACAAUGAUGACUCUCUGGAUGAGAAGUAUAAGAAGCUACAGUGUGAUAUAUCUCCACUUCCUCAUCAAAGUGAAGAUUAUCGAGUGAUUGAAAAGUAUCUCAAAAGUACUCAUGCUCCUACACAUAAGGACUGGGUUCUGGAAGUGGAAGAAGUAUUUUCUCUCGAACGUGAAGGGGAAUUUGACAAGUUUAAACCCUGCAGAGAGAAACUGAAGAACAGAAUACUUCUAUGGCAUGGUUCCCGUUUGACAAACUUUGUGGGUAUACUUAGCCAAGGACUAAGAAUCGCUCCUCCAGAAGCCCCCUCUACGGGCUACAUGUUUGGAAAGGGAAUAUACUUUGCUGAUAUGGUCAGUAAAAGUGCACAAUAUUGCUUCACUGAUCGCAAGAACCCUGUUGGGUUUAUGCUUCUCAGUGAAGUUGCUUUAGGUGAGGUUUAUGAAUUAAAGGCAGCCAAGUAUAUGGACAAACCUCCUAAAGGAAAGCACUCUACUAAGGGUCUUGGCAAGACAGUACCUGAGAGAUCAGAGUUUGUGAACUGGAGGGAUGAAGUUGUGGUUCCGUGUGGAAAACCAGUAACGUCAAAUGUUAAGAACUCUGAGCUUCUGUACAAUGAAUACAUAGUCUACGACUCUGCCCAAGUAAAGCUCCAAUUCUUGGUCAAAGUGAGGUUUCAUUACAAGCGGUGAAGUUAUGAUUCAGACUUGUAAAUAUGUGUGUUUUGUAAAGAUAGUUUCACUCCAUAUCAGCAAAAACUGCACUUUCUUACCCAUAAUGUGCAGGCUUGAUAUCUUUUGGUUGUGUAUGGGGAGGGCUAGAUCUCAUUUUGGGAACUCCAUAUCAGCAAAAACUGCACUUUCUUACUCAUCCUGUGCAGGCUUGACAUUGGGGUUAUCUUUUGUUGUGUAUGGGGAGGGCUAGAUCUCAUUUUGGGUUUUUUAGGAGGAGAUCGCUUCCUGCACAUGUAAAUGCCUCUUUGUAAGAGAUGAAAUCAUGUUUCUACUUUUCGACUAUGAUGCUUAGCUUUCUGGUAAAGAUUGACAUUAGCAGUA